ACUUGACCUUCAUACUACUACACUCCCAGUGACGCUUUCACCUGAUGGCAUAAUUCACUCACUCAUAUCUACAUUCUACCAUCAUUGCUGGACGUGGUACAAUUGCUCAGCACACCCACAAUGACUUCCAGAGCGACACGUCUCGCCCAGCUGCGUGAAUUGCGCAAGUCAGGCAAGAAGGCAAUCGACUCGUACGAGGUUGAAGAGGCACAGCAGUUGUACGAAGAAGUGGACGAAGAAUCGUACAAAAAGGUCGUCCGUGGCCGUCUGGAUCAAGAUGACUUCGUUGUGGACGAUAAUGGUGACGGAUACGCCGAUGACGGACGCGAGGAAUGGGAUGAUGACCGUCGUCAACGCUAUUCAUCCGAGGAAAGCGACGAGGGUACACAAUUAAAGGGCAAAGCUGCAAAACGAAAACGCGAGGAAGAACGCGAAAAGAAGGUCAAAAUCACCAAUGGGAUCAGCAAGUACUUCAACACCAAGGCCACUGGAGCAGCGGCCAAGCCCAAGCCUGUUGCCACCGCUGAAGAUGCCGCUUUCAUGGCAGACCUUCUCGGCGAGGUUGAGGUCAAUAUUCCUAGCAAGCCUGCCCCUCGAAUGAAGCCUGUCAAAAGCGAGACACGACGCAAAGUCCGAGUACUGUCACCACCGAUCGAAGAGCCAAAGCGGUUUAAGCAGGUUUCUUUCAAGAACUGCGAUGUCGAUGAGCUCGAUGCAGACCACUACAGCGGACCCGCUCUCGAUGACGAUGACUACGUCGCUCCCAUGGAUGAUGAUGUUCCAAUGAGUGACCCGAUGCCGUCUUCACCUCUCGCUCAAGCCAUUGAACGCAAGGCUCAGCCACCCGUAAAAGUGGAAGAAGAAGAGGACGACGAUAUGAUGGAGGUUGCUGAAGCAAUUGGUCACAAAGCAGCGAACGUCGCGUCUGUCAACAUGGCUGGCAGUCGACCAGCCCCGAAGAUCAAGAAAGACCCAUACCCUACACCGGCGAACUCCUCACCACCCAUUCCUACCAGCGACGGCUUCGAUCCAUCAACAUGGACUGAUGUGACCAGCAAGCUCAAUGUCUUGAGUACUCCGGCGAAUGAAACUACUUCCUUCGGAAAGCUAAGCCCGGAGAGUGUCCUGGAGGCUGACGGAAGUUUUAACUUCUUCUGGAUGGACUAUACCGAGGUCAAUGGCAGCCUGUGUCUGUUCGGAAAGGUCAAGGACAAGACCACGGACCUGUACACGAGCUGCUUUGUCAAGGUCGACAACAUCCUUCGAAAAUUAUACUUCCUCCCUCGCGAAUACCGCGUGCGAAAUGGACGAGACACCGAAGAUGAAGUCCGUAUGGACGAUGUCUACCAAGAGGUCGACGCGCUGAUGAGCCGUUUCCGGGUCGACAUGCACAAGAUCAAAUCUUCCUCGCGAAAAUAUGCGUUCGAACUUCCCGAUAUCCCGAAAGAAGCGGACUAUCUCAAACUGCUGUAUCCCUAUAACAAGCCCGCUAUUCCCAUGGACCUCAAAGGCGAAACUUUCUCUCAUGUCUUCGGCACAAACACGGCCUUGUUUGAGCAGUUUGUCCUCUGGAAAAACCUCAUGGGACCAUGUUGGCUGAAGAUUGAAGGAGCCAACUUCACUGCUGUCACCAACGCGUCGUGGUGCAAGCUGGAAGCUCAAGUCUCGAAACCCGCUCUCAUUGUCCCGCUUGGAAACGCCGAAGAUUCCGAGUGUCCACCUCUGACGCUGAUGAGUAUCUCCUUGCGGACGACCUUCAACACCAAAGAGAAUAAACAGGAGAUCCUCAUGGUUAGCACUCGUAUAUAUGAGAACGUCUCUUUGGCCGACACGACGCCUGUGGAGAGACUCCCGUGCAGGACUGUAACCAUCAUGCGUCCAGCCGCAGAAAAUUUCCCCGUCGGCUUCAAAAUGGAGGCAGAGAAGCAGAAAGGCUCCGUACAUCUGGAGAGGAACGAGGCGGCUCUCCUUAGCAAAUUCAUGGCGAUUAUGCAACGGAUCGACCCCGACGUCCUCAUGGGACACAAACUCGAGGAUGUCGACUACGGCAUCCUUCUCAGUCGCAUGAAGGAACGUAAGACCCCUGGCUGGCACCGGAUCGGACGUCUCAAGCGAUCCGACUGGCCGAAGUCCAUGGGUAAAGGAGGCGGUAGCUUCUAUGCAGAGCGACAACUCGUUGCCGGCCGGCUGCUCUGUGAUAUCGGGAAUGACAUGGGCCGGUCCCAGAUGCCGAAGUGUCAGGCUUGGACUCUCACGGAGAUGUGCGAGCUCUAUCUCGGAGCGGGGAACACUCGACAGGACAUCAACAACGAGACGGCUCUCAAGACGUGGGCUUCGACCCGGGACGGCCUCGUGAACUACCUCCGGCACUGCGAGGCGGAUACCUACUUCAUCGCCGCAUUGACGCUCAAGUCACAGCUCCUUCCUCUGACGAAGGUGCUUACCAACUUGGCUGGCAACUCCUGGGCCCGAACCCUCACUGGCACUCGAGCGGAGCGGAACGAGUAUAUUCUCCUCCACGAGUUCUACCGCAACAAGUACAUCUGCCCUGACAAGGUAUGGGGCAAAGGGAAGCAGAAAGUCGAGGAAGAAAAUCCAGAGGGUGAGGGAGGUGUUGAUGCGAAGAAGAAGGAUAAGUUUAAAGGUGGCUUGGUCUUCGAGCCUGAGAAGGGUCUGUACGACAAGUUCAUUCUUGUCAUGGACUUUAACAGUUUAUACCCCAGCAUCAUCCAAGAAUUCAACAUCUGCUUCACGACCGUGGACAGAGCAGAAGUGUCCGAGGAGGAAGAGAAAGUGCCGGAAGUCCCAGAAGAUCAAGAUCUUGGUAUCUUACCCCGACUAAUCGCAACACUGGUGUCGCGUCGUCGAGAGGUGAAAAAGCUCAUGAAAGACAAGACCGCAAAAUCAGAACAGCUGGUCACCUGGGACAACAAGCAGAUGGCUCUCAAGCUCACGGCCAACUCUAUGUACGGCUGCUUGGGAUAUACGAAAUCCCGCUUCUACGCUCGUCCACUUGCCAUGCUCACGACCUUCAAAGGCCGUGAGAUCUUGCGAAGCACGAAGGAGCUGGCGGAGAGCAACAUGCUUCGAGUCAUCUACGGCGAUACCGACUCGGUCAUGAUCAACACCAACAUGGACAAUAUGGAAGCAGCGGUGAAGAUCGGAAACGAGUUCAAGCGACUGGUCAACGACCAAUACAAGUUGCUCGAAAUCGACAUCGACAAUAUCUUCCGCCGGAUCCUUUUGCAUGCGAAGAAGAAGUAUGCCGCUAUUAAUAUGGUCGAAGUGGACGGGAAAUAUGUCGAGAAACUGGAGGUCAAAGGCUUGGACAUGAGGCGAAGAGAAUACUGCAAGCUGUCCAAAGAUACCUCCCAACAGCUGCUUAACUUUCUCCUAUCCGGAGAAGAUCCCGAAGUGGUCGUCGAGAAGAUCCACGAUUAUCUCCGCGAGCUUUCCUCCAAGAUGCGCGAAUUCCAGAUUCCCGUCCAGCAAUACACCAUCUUCACCCAGUUGGGCAAGAAUCCGGACGACUACCCCAAUGGCGCAAGCAUGCCCUCCGUGCAAGUGGCCAAGAAGCUGAUGGCGACGGGGAGGCACGUCAAAGCCAAGGACGUCAUGUCGUUCGUCAUCUGCGGCGACUCGGGCGGCUCUGCAGAAAAGGCUGCCGCAAACGCGCACACUCUGGCGCAGGCGAUGAGGCCCAGUUCGGACCUGAAGCCAGAUGUGGACUACUACCUCACCAAACAGAUCCUCCCACCCGUCGAGCGAUUGUGCGCACCCAUCGAUGGCACCAACGCCGCUCGCCUCGCCGAGUGCUUAGGACUCGACCCGAACAAAUACCGCAGCCAAGUCGGCGGAUCCAGCGCCAUGAACCAGGAGACCGAAAUCAUGCCCCUGGAGUCUCAAAUUCCAGACAGCAUCCGGUUCAAGAACUGCGCUCCUCUCCGCCUCCGCUGCCGGGCGUGCAAGCACCGCUUCCCCUUCAGCGGAUUGGUCGGCUCCAGCGACGUCGUCUCCGCGAGCGGAAUGGUGUGCCCCACGGAAAACUGCGGAGCCACGCUGCCGAAUCUUUCGAUCGUCGCGCAGCUAGAAUCGCAGAUCCGCCAGCACCUCGCCCGUUACUAUGCGGGCUGGCUGGUGUGCGACGACGCGGCGUGCGGGGCGCGAACGCGGCAGAUGAGCGUGUACGGGCAUCGCUGUCUCGGACCGAAAGGUCUCGCGAAGGGAUGUCAAGGGCGUAUGCAGUGGGAGUACGGUGAGCGAGAGGUGUAUAAUCAGCUGAUCUACCUCUCGUCGAUGUUUGACGUAGACAAGAUCAAGCAGAAGGUGAAGGACGGGAAGGAGGUCGGCGCGGUGGAGAUGAAGGAGAAGCUGAACGUGCUGGCUGAUCAGAACCGGGAACGGUUUGGGACGCUGAUGAACGUGGUCAAGGGGUAUUUGGACCGGAACGGGAGGCGAUGGGUGGCCAUGGACAGCAUUUUUGCGUUUGCACUCAAGGUUGUGUGACGUGGUGGACUGGUGAACUGGUGAUACUAGCAGCACGUAGUAUGCCGGCUCCUUGCUAUUUGGACGGACAGGGGCAUGGGCUGGAUAGGGCUGAUGAACGUAUACGUAGUAUGGAUCGAGAUAUUGAUAGGCGUCGAACCAGGGUUCCUUGAUGGACGGCUG